AUGAUUGUCAAUCUUGCUUAUGAUAAUGUAAAUGAUAUUUUACUGUUUAUUACGUGCUUAUUGCAACUUUUGUUAUUUUACCGAGAAUUUGAGUCUGAGCAAAACACUCCCUUUGGCAGGUCAUUGCCCAAGAUCGCACCACUCACCACUGUCGGCAGACAGGGUUGUUAUGCUAAUGUGUGGAAGGUCGAUGACACCAAGGGGUGCGAGGUCGACCGACUAGCAUCCCUGUGCGCAGCGCACGCCGACUCGGUCACUUUGAGUGUGUUCGUGCUCGCCCUUCUCGUAGGAAGACUCCUCACGCGGUGGUGGAAGUUGAGGAAACUUCCCCCGGGACCCAGAGGACUUCCCAUCCUCGGAUAUCUCCCGUUCUUCCGCGGCGACACUCACCUUCACUAUCUGGAGCUGGCGAAGAAGUUCGGUUCCGUGUUCAGCAUCAAGUUAGGAAAUCAACACGUUGUCGUACUCAGCGAUUAUAAACUCAUCAGAGAGGCCUUCAGGAAGGAGGAGUUCACUGGACGACCACAGAGCGAGUUUAGUGAUAUCCUAGGAGGUUAUGGAGUGAUUAACAUUGAUGGAAACUUGUGGAAAGACCAGAGACGGUUUCUGCAUGAAAAACUUCGAAAGUUUGGCAUGACCAUCACAGACAGUGGACGCACCCACAUGGAGUCCAGAAUAAUGAAGGAGGUGCAUCUGUUUCUCCGCAGCCUGGUGGAGUGCCGCAGUCGCCCCACAGAUCUCAAUCCUGUCCUCGCCACUUCCAUCUCCAACGUCAUCUGCUCAGUCAUCAUGAGUGUGAGGUUCUCCCUGGAGGACCCGAGGUUCAAGUUGUUCAUGGACCUCAUCGCUGAGGGGUUCAAGCUGUUCGCUCGCAUGAGCUAUGUCAACUUCAUCCCCAUUAUGAGAUAUCUUCCAGGACUUCAGGCCACCAGAGCCAAGAUUGCCCAGAAUCGCAACGAGAUGGCUCAGUUUUUCCAAGAGACUGUGGACAACCACAAAAAGACCUUCGACCCCUCCAACCUAAGAGACAUCGUGGAUACCUACAUCCUGGAGAUCCAGGAGUCUACGGCCCAGGGUCGGCUGAUGUUUGGAGGGAGGGACCCGGACCGCCAGAUACAGCAGGUGAUCGGGGACUUGUUCACCGCGGGAAUGGAGACUAUCAAGACUACGUUGCAGUGGAGUGUCGUCUACAUGUUGAGGAACCCUGAGGUGGCCAAGGCAGUGCAAGAGGAGCUGGACCAGGUGGUCGGCAGGACAAGACUACCUAACCUCAGGGACAGAGAGUUCCUGCCUUACACCGAGUGUGUCAUACUGGAGGUGCUGCGGAUAUCUAGCGUUGUUCCUCUCGGCUCAACACACGCUGUCACUAAGGAUGUCGAGCUGGGAGGGUACACCAUUCCACAAGGUGUCCAAGUAGUCCCUCACAUCCAUGCAGUCCACAUGGACCCAACCCUGUGGGACCAACCAGAACAGUUCCGCCCUGAGAGGUUCCUCAAUGCCGAGGGCAAAGUCCAGAAACCUGACUUCUUCAUACCUUUUGGAGUUGGUCGUAGAAUGUGCCUAGGAGAUGUUCUCGCACGUAUGGAGUUGUUCCUGUUCUUCUCCUCGUUCCUCCACUGUUUCCACGUGUCAGUGCCGGAGGGUCAUCCCCUGCCGUCCCUGCAGUACGUCCCGGGGAUCACCCUGACACCUCAGAGUUUCCAGGUCGCCCUGACCCAGAGGAUGCUGCACGACUGCGACCUGGAGUUUCUCUCUGAUCACCUGACAAGUCGCAACGUCGGCUCUCACUGAACCCCUGUGAUGUAAAGUGACUUUAAACAUGUGAUUUCCAAGUGGACCUUGAAUGUUGAGAGAUUUUAUUGUAUGUGCUAUAAGUGAAACUCGUACAUUGUGUAACUCGUCCUACAAUUUGUUCCAACCGGUGAAUUUCAAACAAAUUUAAACAUGUCUAGUUUAGAAGCAGAGCGCUGGCGUGUGAAUUACGUUAUAGUAAUCUCGCCUGUUGGGUUCUCGAUCUCGUCAAGUUUGUGAGUACAACACCACGGUUGUAUAAAGUUUGUAGUUGUACAUAGGAACUCAUUUUACCAUUGUGUUCAUUUAUCAGUUUGUAGUUGUACAUAGGUACUCAUCUCACCAUUGUGUUCAUUUAUCAGCUCAUUAACGAAGUUCUAGUCAGUCGGUUGUGCUAGCUUGGCUAUGCCCAGUUUUGUAAUUUCUUUGUAUUUAUUGUAGUUUCGCCUAGGUUAGUAUGUCGGUUUACGAGUUCCUUGCAUAAGGUUGGGCAUUUUGAGUUUUAAUGUACACUGCCUUUCCACACCGGUUGCAUAUUAAUUUAUGUUAUGUUUCUAAAGAUUUUCUAUGUAAAACCAGAAUGACUUAGGCUAAUUACUUAAUGAAUUAAAAUGUUUUAUGUUAUGGAUUGUACAAUUAUUUAUGAUUUGUCUACAAUUUUACAAAAUGAUGUAUAUAUUUUUAUGAAUUUUUUAUUUUAAUUUAAAGAUGUUGCUGUAUAAUCAGUACUAAGGUAAACACACUGUACAAACCCAACCGUGCCUAGUGUAAUAAAUUA